AUGUGGCUCAAGCUUAAAAGGGCCACGAGCACUCCUUCCCCUCCCUCUUGUUACGCUUUGGGAACCAGGGCUACCAAUGCUGUUCCUGCUACCCCUCCCGUGGCAAUCCCGCGGGCACCAGAACCGAGGACCCGCUACGUAACCGCGCUCGGUGCUGCCUAUCGGCCAGGCCGGGUAGAGAUCGUCGCCCAAGCGCGCGGUUGCUUGCUCUCUCGCUUUGAACUGGGAAAAUUAGCUUUGGGGAGUGAAGAGGGUAGUCAGUGGCCUGACGAUCCGUCUGGUGAGUUAGGCCAGCCUGAAGCCAGCCCCACACAUGCUAGGCUAGACCGGCCGAACCGUGAGAGAAGUGGGGCUAGCGUCCCGGGAGGGGUGAUCCGAAGGGCCGUGGCCCAAGGGCCCAAGUCCUGGAUCCGAAAUGUUCUUGAGCAAAGAACGGACUCACCUGUCCAGUGGAUCACCCCUUCGGAGGUGGUGCCUGUCGCUGUGCUGGCUGUCCAAAGGUACCUGUUAGAGGAUGAGCCACGCGACGGGAUACCGAAACCGCCUCUUUACUGCUUUGAUGUGACGAUCUCCGACGGGGUGUACCAGGAGAAGUGCUACCUGGUCCCCAGCCUAAACGAUCUCGUAUACAAAAAUAUUCUGAAUGUUGGCGUAGAAAUGAGAAUUUCCAGAGUCUCGUGUCUUUACAACGAGAGAAGAACAGGCCAGGGCAUCCUGUGCAUAGAUAGCGUCCACUGUGGGAAGACCUUGGACUUCAUUUCCUUAGAAACUCUCUUUAGAAAUAGUGCGCACGAGGAGAUACAAAAGAGGCUGAAGGGCGGUAGGAGUCAUUACCUGGCGCUGUGGAAUAACGAAGACAGGUAUGGAGAUAUCUGGCUAACCAACAAGCAACCUGAGGAACACAAUUGUAACGAUACCAGAAUAAUUUCUGUUUCUCACCUUGAAAUGACUUGGGCUGACAGAAGUUAUUUUCCUCCAUUGCUUGUGAGAAUCUUGCAUAAAUCAAUACUGCGAUACUAUGGAAAACCUGAUAAAAAGAUGAUUGAGCCAUACCAGGCCUUUUUGGAAGUUGCUGACAGCUCAGGCACAGUGUCAGUGAUUAUGUGGAAUACCUUGUGUCCUGAGUGGUAUAAACGUUUGCGGGUUGGUUUAGUUCUUCUACUUCAACAUUAUUCCGUUAAAAAGAGUUAUCCAUUCAGGAUGCAGCCUCUUCCUGUGGAUCCACAGAGCAAACGAAUUUCUACAAUCAAAAUCUGCCUGAACCCUCGAGAUCCUCCAACUAAUAUAAUUAUCAUUCCAGAAAAGCAGGUGAAACCAGAAUGGAGAUUGCCAAAAUUAAAUCACCACUUUACCACAAGAUCAGAACUGGAUGAUAUGCCAGAAAAUCAUAUCUGUGAUGUUAUUGGCAUUUUAGUUUUUGUAGAAAGGGUUCAGAGGUCAAAGCAGAAAGAAAACUCUGAAGAUUUUUGGUCAUAUCGUUGGAUUCAUAUUGCUGAUGGGACUUCAGAACAACCAUUUAUAGUGGAACUGUUUUCUACAUCUCAGCCUGAAAUCUUUGAAAAUAUUUAUGCAAUGACAGAUUUCGUGUGUACACAGUUGAAAGUUGUCAGAAAUGACACUCAAGUACCUAAACUGCUUUACCUCACCACUACAAAUGAAAGUCAGAUAUUUAUUAUUGGUCGUAAAAGCCGGCCGUAUUCCAACAAUACCAAGGUAAAAAACUUCCUUCAGUGGAGUAAAGAAAAGACUGAUUCUGGGGAAAUGAAAAAUACGAUUAUUGGUGUAUAUUACCCCUAUCCACCAGUGCCAGAGACAUUUUUGAAAUAUAAGAGUUCUUCUUUUUCAGUUGAGUCACUCUUCACGGCUUUAAAUGAAUUGAGGAAGGACAUUGAAGACAUGCAGUAUAGGGAACAAAAGCGCAUUGCAAUUCAGGGGAUAAUUACUGUUAUAAAGUAUGUUCCCACUAACUGUGCUACUGAAAGUGCCUCAGCAUCAGAAACACUUCGGAAUGCCAGCCAGCCCUCAACAUCCCAAGCAGCUGGAAAAGAAAGUCAGACUCGGGAAAGAUGUGAUAAACAGCAUCAAGAUGAUGAUCCUGUGAGUUCUCAGUGUUUUCAAGCUCCACGUACAAGUUUGAGCCCUACCAGGAAAAAAAGCGCUCUGCAAGGGCCAUAUGCCAAACGACACAGACCAUAUUGGACUAGAGACCCAUUCUGGAGUGCUGGUCUACUCCAGUAUGAUUUCAUCUUAACCAAUUACAUCUUCAGUGACCCUGUUUCCAAAGUUCCUAUACCUCAGCCAGAAACUUCUGCAGGAGCAAAAGGAAACAAACCAAGCAUGCCAGGGCCCUACCAAUGUCUGAACCAUGAGAUAGCAACUGAUGUUGCAUUCCUACCCAUGUAUUGUCCAGAAGAUCUCCAAACGUCACAAAUAGACACGUUAUUAACCUGCAUGAAUUACAGCUGUGUGUAUCCGCAGGCAGAAACUGGCCAUGGCAGAUUGCCAUUCAAGAGCUCUUGCAGGUAAGACAUUCUCGGUGAUGUUAUAAAAGCAGCAAGUAAACUGGACAGACUGCAUGUCAUUGUGAUCUUGGAUAUCUUUAAUUUGGGUAACAAUAAAGUAAAAGUCUAUUUGCAUAAAAUUUAUAGUCCAGAUAAUACUUCUUAAAAAUUGGAAAAUGAAGUUAUUACAGGUUAUAAAGAAGGCACAGCUUUAAAGAUAUUCUAUCAUUUUGUUUGUAAUUUCAAUAACUGUCUCUCAGCAAGAAUAUUACAUAAGCUCUAAAGUUAAGUGGUUUUAUGUUCAUGUUGUAUUUGAGCUAACACACUUCAUUUUAAAUUUGUUACUGAAUAGGUCAUCAAAACAAUUUUUGUGUAUCAGGAAAAUUUAGUGAUAAUUUGUGUUUACUGUUCUAUUUGUGAAGUAUACUUUUAUUCUAAAGCCUCAGCAUUAGACAUCCUGACUACAAGAGUAACUUUUCAUAGACAUUUAACAUCCUUCCACUUUUAUUCACUUAUAAUGGGAAAUGUUGAAUUGCUAAUUGAAGAUUAAAUUCUCCUAAAUUGGUUAACCUGCUUUGUCACAAAUAAGGUAGUUUCUGUUAUUUUCAAAAACACCCAUGGGUUGUUAAGGUCCAAUUGUUGUGGUCUUUAUUUUGGUCAGCUGUACAAUGAGUGUGCUAACUUGAAUUGUUUUAAGGCUUUCCACUCCCUAUUUUGGCUUCAUAUCCUUUGAAUUUCUAAGUGUUUUGACCAGUGUGUGAUCUCAAAGCCAGAGGUUACAGUAUGUCCGUAUUCUUGGUAUGUUCAUUUGUAAUUCUGGUACAUGUAAUGUGAGUUUAGUGAAAUUUUAUCUCAUAUUAACAUUUUAAGUGCUUAUUUUGGAAGUAUAAAACAGAAACUAAGGGAAUUGGUUUUAUUCCGGUUGUCUGUUAUACUUUAUUUUAACUAUAAAUGGCUAUUCCAUAUUUGCAAGGCCCUGUGGUUGACAUCUGUGGUCAAUUAGAUAAGCCAAAAAGACCAUCACGAGUUAAAAGUUAUUCUGUAUCAAGAUGAAUCUGAUUGUAGUUAAGCCAUUAACUUGUGGGGUUUCCUUCUAGCCCCAUGGUCUGUGACUUCAUCUGCUAUACAUUUUAAAUGUAUUGGGCAGUUUACAUACCUAAAGAUAGAUGCUGAAAUUGUUUGUAAAUGUGUUCAAUCUUUUGUUCUUUAUAAUUGGGUGUAAAUGUUAAUUAAAAUAGUGAAUCCUCAUGUUAAAAUUUUGAGUGUAAUAUUGAAGAAGUUAAAGCACAAUA